AUGAUUGCAGAAUCUCAAUCCAGCCAGCCGCACCACGAAGGCAUUAUGGAAAAGAUUUUUGAACAUCAUGGUCAACAUCACCAACAUGGUGAUGAGAAGAAGCAGGAAUUGCCGACAGAACCAAAACCGAAUAAGACGCACACGGAAAGUGAGAAAGAUAAAUAUCUGAACUGGUAUCACAAGGAAGAAGAAGAGGAGGAAGAAGGAGAUACGUAUGGCGGUCUGAUGUAG